UUUUUUCUUCUUGAGAAUAUCGAUUUAUCAUUUAAUCUAAGAUGCAUUUGUUAUAUUUUCUUGUUUUCGGGAUUUUUCUUCACAACCUUUCCACAGAAAGUAGAAAAGUUACUCCUGAAGGAAUAGUAACCGAGAGGUUUAAAGCAGACGCUUUUCGUCGAAUCACAUCUCACCUUAUCGAGAAACACAUAGUCAAUAAACUUGGCUCGUGUGCCUUCAGAUGCUCGAAAAACCUUGAAUGUAUAUCGUUUAACUUUGGGAAUCGCAUCAAUGGUAAACACGACUGUGAGUUACUAAGAACAGAUAAGUACAACUCAAGAUCUUCCUACGUUACCAGUACAGACUUCCACUACUUUUAUCCUGUGAACAAAUGUCAGCUGCAAGAGCCAUGUUCCGCAAACACUAGUUCGUGUCUACCUGAGUAUGAUACCGAUGGCUAUCGUUGCAAGUGUAAGUCUGGAAUUGGUGGGGAAGACUGCCAAAAAAUUUGCAAAGACUGUUCCCAGCUACAUGCGUUAAACUUCACAUCAGACGGCGUCUAUUUUAUAGAUCCAGACGGGUUAGGUGCAUUCCCUGUGUACUGUAACAUGACGAAUGGCGGUUGGACUUUGUUCCAGAAGCGUUUUGAUGGUUCCGUACGCUUCAAUCGUAAAUGGCAAGAGUACAAGACGGGUUUUGGCAACGUGAGUGGCGAGUUUUGGUUAGGUUUCGACAAGAUCCUUCGACUGCUCCGAAGACCGGGUAUCCCACCUCCAUCUUUACUUGUUGAUGUUGAAAACUGGAACGGGGAUUCGGGCUAUUCAGAGUAUUCGACUUUUUCUAUCGCUAACGAAAGUGAUUCGUAUCGCUUGACCGUGAGUGGAUACUCGGGUACUGCAGGCGACUCACUCUCAACAGCGAGUUCAAGCAACUCACGUGAGAUUCACAGUGGCAUGCAAUUCAGCACAUCUGACAACGACAACGACAUGGCUGAUCCUAAUUGGAGCUGUGCUAUCGAAUACGAAGGCCCUUGGUGGCAUAACAACUGUGGCUUGUCCCAUUUGAAUGGUAGGUACGAGAAGGACACGAUCAACUCGGAGUAUAAAGUGAUGUAUUGGUGGUCCCUGAAAAGUAACUAUGCAGGGAUCAGAAAAUCAGAGAUGAAAUUGAAGUAGUUUAAGAAAAAAGCAAAGCAAUAGUUGACCCACUUUCAUACGAAUUAAAUGAACAUUUCUCACAUUUCUAUCGCUGGGGUUAUCGUUCGGAAAAAGGUUUCCAUUUGAUCUCCGCGAUAGCUGAGAUUGCCAACAAUUGCUGAAAAUGUGUUUCAUAUUAUCGUGAAACACGCUUUUGAGCGAUUGCAGCGAUCGUAGCAAUCAAAUGGUAUAUCGACGUCGAAGAAUGGUUUCCAUUUGGUCGCCAGGAUCGCUGAAAAUGAUUGGGUGAAACAUGUUUUUGGGCGAUUGCAGCGGUCGUAGUGAUCAAAUGGCGGAUCGACCUCGAAGAUGGUUUCCAUUUGGUCGUCAUGACCGCUGAAAAUGGUUGAGUGAAACACGCGUUUUUAAGCAAUUACACCUCCCUUCGACGUCGAAGGGUGGUCCUUUUGGUAGCCAUGAUCGCUGAAAAUGUGCUACCGAGUUUGCAUAUUUAUGAAAAUAGCACGAUGAAUCGCACUUAUAAUUUACUAUAAGGUAACUUGCACUAAAUCCCUACCUGAGGGUCAAAACAAUUGAACAUAUUACCACUGGUAACAUCGUAAAAAUAGUUCAAUCCUCAAGAGAAGGGAAUUCUUUUGUUUUGACGGACUCCCCAGAUUGAGCUGCUUUGACGUCACAUGAAAAGGGUUAGGUCUAUAGAGUGGUUUUUACCAACUCGCAAAAGAAAGUGUAUUUUAUUAGAGGGUAACAGUCAGAUCCGAAUACAACAGAAAACAGAAUAAUUCUAAAAACGCUAAAGUGUAUUUCACGUGUUCAUGAAAACUCUAGUAGUGGUGAUAUGGUCUGGUUUUGUUGGUUGUAGUACGCAUAUAAAUAUCAAACAAGUUGUAAAAACGCGAAAACUCUAAUAAAUAUGUAUCAUGCAUUGAUAUAAAUAUCUCUGAGAAUGAUAUUAUCUUGUCUACAAAGAAGAUAAAUGUGUAA